AUGGUGUCCAUUUUUAGAAUAGCUUCUGGCACUGUAUCCUCUUUAGCGAGUCAGUUGAAGGUUAUUUUUGAUUCUUUCGGUAGAAAGGGUGAAUGGACCGAGUCUGGUGUUAUCAAAUUCGGAAACCCUGUGUCAAGUACUAUAGUUAAGCACUAUUUAGAAGCAGUAAAACUAGAACAAGCAGUAGCCCAUGUACCUAUAGUGCAGGCAAAACCUAUAUUUUUAGACAAGCUGAAAAAAAUCAGUGUUUACAUAACAGAACAGUUGAAUGAUCAUACGUUAAAACCUGGUAAACGUUUUGUAUAUUUAAGAGAUAGAGCAUUUUUUACUUUGCAGUUUUUUGCGGGAGAUAGGGCCAGUGAUUUAGUUUUAUUUCGUCAUACAGUAGGCAAAACUUUAGGGAAUGGCAAAAUCAAUGAGUUUGUGAUUUCACCAGUCUCCGAUAAGUUGAUUUGUCCUGUUGAAAAUUUAAAUCAGUAUGUUUCUGGAGCAGAAGAAAUGGAUAUCGAUUUAUCAGUAGGUUAUCUUUUUAGGACUUUAGACCCUUCUCACUCUCGUGUUAUAGAAUCUCCAGUUUCUUCUUCGGGAAUGGGCAUCCGUUUGCAAUUGUACCUUAAAGAUUUGAAUAUUUUUGAGGGUGAAACUAUACAUGGCAUUAGAGGAGGUUGUGCUAUAACUAUGAUGUCUUCGGGUAUAGCUUCUUUUAAGGAGAUUAUGGAACAUGUUGGUUGGUUAAGCAAACGUUCCUUAGAUAGAUAUUCAAGAAUGAAUAGAUUAGUUGAUGCAGGGUCAGUGAGUUCUUUAUUUUCGAAAGUUGCAGACUCUAAUCUUUCUGAUGCUGGAAACAUUUUCACAAAAUGGGAAACUUAA